UCUGGAAUUGCCCCCUCCCCCCUCUUCCAAGUGCCGUUUCGGUUUAACCUAGUGUGUGACUCUGAGUCUGAGGGAGCGAGUGAGUGUGUGAGGUGUUGAGGUGAGGCGGAGGCAAGGAAAGGGGCUACCUCAGGAGCGAGGGACAAAAGGGGCGUGAGGCACCUAGGCCGCAAGAUCUCAGCGACAGGAAGCCGCCCCGAGCCGCGCAGUCUUCACAGGGCCCCAGAGCCGGAGUCGGCCCCGCAGCCCCGGGCCGUCGGCUUACUACUUCCUCGACUUCCCCGGCGCCGGGGCCUGAGGUUGGCUCGGCGGGGGGAGGAGGGGAAACAGACUUGAGCAGCUACCCCUUGGUCUCGCAACUCCUUUGCUGAGGAACUCUCAUUUCUCCCUUCGCUCCUUCACCCCCACCUCAUGUAGGAGGGUGCUGAGGAGUCGGGAGGGAGGAGGAGCCUGGGCUACCGCCCCUUCCCUCCCCACCCCCUUCUAGGGGCACUUUGGUGGGUGUGGGUUUGGGGCUGGGGGGAGGGUGGGGCCUACUUUUUGGAGUGCUGGGGAACUUUUUCCCCUUCUUGAGGCCAGGGGAAAGGGAAUGCCCAAUUCAGAGAGACAUGGGGGCAAGAAGGACGGGGGUGGAGGAGCUUCUGGAACUUUGCAGCCGUCAUCGGGAGGUGGCAGCUCCAACAGCAGAGAGCGUCAUCGCUUGCUGUCGAAGCACAAACGGCAUAAGUCCAAGCACUCCAAAGACAUGGGGUUGGUGACCCCUGAAGCAGCACCUUUGGGUACAAUUAUCAAACCUUUGGUGGAGUAUGAUGACAUCAGCUCUGAUUCCGACACCUUCUCCGAUGACAUGGCCUUCAAACUAGAGAGGAGAGAGAAUGAUGAACGCCGUGGAACGGAUCGGAGUGACCGCCUGCACAAACAUCGUCACCACCAGCACAGACGUUCCCGGGACUUAGUAAAAACUAAACAGACAGAAAAAGAGAAAAACCAGGACGUCUCCAGCAAGUCGGGAUCGAUGAAGGACCGGAUAUCAGGAAGUUCAAAGCGUUCAAAUGAGGAGAAUGAUGACUAUGGGAAGACACAGCCAUCCAAAAGCAGCAGCAACAAGGAAUCCAGGUCAUCUAAACUCCAUAAAGAGAAGACCCGGAAAGAACGUGAGUUGAAAUCUGGGCACAAAGAUCGGAGUAAAAGUCAUCGGAAAAGGGAAACACCCAAAAGUUACAAAACAGUGGACAGCCCCAAACGGAGAUCACGGAGUCCCCACAGGAAGUGGUCUGACAGCCCCAAGCAAGAUGAUAGCCCCUCAGGGGCUUCUUACAGCCAAGAUUAUGACCUUAGUCCCCCAAGAUCUCACACCUCCAGCAAUUAUGAUUCCUACAAGAAGAGUCCUGGAAGUACCUCAAGAAGGCAGUCAAUUAGCCCUCCUUACAAGGAGCCCUCAGCCUACCAGUCCAGCACCCGGUCACCCAGUCCCUACAGUAGACGCCAGAGAUCUGUGAGUCCCUAUAGCCGAAGACGCUCAUCCAGCUAUGAAAGGAGUGGCUCUUACAGUGGUAGGUCACCGAGUCCCUAUGGUCGAAGGCGGUCCAGCAGCCCUUUCAUGAGCAAACGGUCUCUGAGUCGGAGUCCACUUCCCAGGAAAUCCAUGAAGUCCAGAAGUCGAAGUCCUGCAUAUUCAAGACAUUCAUCUUCUCACAGCAAAAAAAAGAGAUCCGGGUCACGCAGUCGGCAUUCCAGUAUCUCACCUGUCAGGCUUCCAUUGAACUCCAGCCUGGGAGCUGAACUCAGUAGGAAAAAGAAGGAAAGAGCAGCAGCUGCUGCAGCAGCAAAAGCGGAUGGAAAGGAAUCCAAAGGUUCACCUAUAUUUUUGCCUAAAAAAGAGAACAGUUCAGUAGAGGCUAAGGAUUCAGGUUUGGAGUCUAAAAAGUUACCCAGAGUUGUAAAAUUGGAAAAACCUGCUCCAGAUACUGAACUGGUGAAUGUAACACAUCUAAACACUGAGGUCAAAAAUUCUUUAGAUACAGGGAAAGUAAAGUUGGAUGAGAACUCUGAGAAACAUCCUAUUCUUAAAGAUUUGAAAGCACAGGGAACAAAAGACUCUAAACCCAUAGCAUCGAAAGAGGAGAUUGUUACUCCAAAGGAGACAGAGACAUCAGAAAAGGAAACCCUCCCACCUCUCCCCACGAUUACUUCUCCUCCGCCACCUUUACCAACUACUACCCCUCCACCUCAGACACCCCCUUUGCCGCCUUUGCCUCCACUACCAGCUACUCCACAGCAACCACCUCUGCCUCCUCCCCAACCAGCAUUUAGUCAGGUUCUUGCUUCUAGUACUUCAACUUUGCCCCCUUCUACUCACCCAAGGACAUCUACUCUGUCCUCUCAGACAAAUUCUCAGCCCUCUGUACAGGUCUCUGUGAAGACUCAAGUGUCUGUAACAGCUGCUAUUCCACACCUGAAAACUUCGACAUUGCCUCCUCUGCCCCUCCCACCCUUAUUACCUGGAGACGAUGACAUGGAUAGUCCAAAAGAAACUCUUCCUUCAAAACCUGUAAAGAAAGAGAAGGAACAGAGGACACGUCACUCACUCAUGGACCUCCCUCUCCCUCCGGAGCUCCCUGGUGGGGAUCCAUCUCCCCCAGACUCUCCAGAACCAAAGGCAAUCACACCACCUCAGCAGUCAUAUAAAAAGAGACCAAAAAUUUGUUGCCCUCGUUACGGAGAAAGAAGACAAACAGAAAGUGACUGGGGGAAACGCUGUGUGGACAAGUUUGACAUAAUUGGGAUUAUUGGAGAGGGAACCUAUGGUCAAGUGUAUAAAGCCAAGGACAAAGACACAGGGGAGCUAGUGGCCUUGAAGAAAGUGAGACUAGACAAUGAGAAAGAAGGCUUCCCAAUUACAGCCAUUCGUGAGAUCAAAAUCCUUCGUCAGUUGAUCCAUCGAAGUGUUGUUAACAUGAAGGAAAUUGUCACAGAUAAACAAGAUGCACUGGAUUUCAAGAAGGACAAAGGUGCCUUUUACCUUGUAUUUGAGUAUAUGGACCAUGACUUAAUGGGACUAUUAGAAUCUGGUUUGGUGCACUUUUCUGAGGAUCAUAUCAAGUCAUUCAUGAAACAGCUAAUGGAAGGAUUGGAUUACUGUCACAAAAAGAAUUUCCUGCAUCGAGAUAUUAAGUGUUCUAACAUUUUGCUGAACAACAGUGGGCAAAUCAAGCUAGCAGAUUUUGGACUUGCUCGACUUUAUAACUCUGAAGAGAGUCGCCCUUACACAAACAAAGUCAUUACUCUGUGGUACCGACCUCCAGAACUGCUGUUGGGAGAAGAACGUUAUACACCAGCCAUAGAUGUAUGGAGCUGUGGAUGCAUCCUCGGGGAAUUGUUUACAAAGAAGCCUAUUUUUCAAGCCAAUCUGGAACUGGCUCAGCUAGAACUGAUCAGUCGACUCUGUGGUAGCCCUUGUCCAGCUGUGUGGCCUGAUGUUAUCAAGCUGCCCUACUUCAACACCAUGAAACCAAAGAAGCAAUAUAGGAGGCGUCUACGAGAAGAAUUCUCUUUCAUUCCUUCAGCAGCACUUGAUUUAUUGGACCACAUGCUGACACUAGAUCCUAGCAAGCGUUGCACAGCUGAACAGACUCUACAGAGUGACUUCCUUAAAGACGUUGAGCUCAGCAAAAUGGCUCCUCCAGACCUCCCUCACUGGCAGGAUUGCCAUGAACUGUGGAGCAAGAAGAGGCGACGGCAGCGACAAAGUGGUGUUGCGGUAGAAGAGCCACCUCCUCCCAAAGCCCCUCGAAAAGAAACUACCUCAGGGACAAGUGCUGAGCCUGUGAAGAACAACAGCCCAGUACCACCACCUCAGCCUGCUCCUGGCAAGGUGGAGCCUGGGGCUGGGGAUGCAGUAGGCCUUGGUGACAUCACACAGCAGCUGAAUCAGAGUGAAUUGGCAGUGUUAUUGAACCUGCUACAGAGCCAAACCGACCUUAGCAUCCCUCAAAUGGCACAGCUGCUUAACAUCCACUCCAACCCAGAGAUGCAGCAGCAGCUGGAGGCCCUGAACCAAUCCAUCAGUGCCCUGACGGAAGCCACUUCCCAGCAGCAGGACUCAGAGCCCAUGGCCCCAGAGGAGUCUUUGAAGGAUGCACCUCCUGCCCCAGUGGUCCAGCCUUCAACAGAACAGACAGCUCCUGAAGUCUCAAGCACACCAGCUGACAUGCAGAAUAUGUUGGCAGUUCUCUUGAGCCAGCUGAUGAAAACCCAAGAGCCAGCAGGCAGCCUGGAGGAAAACAACGGUGACAAGAACAGUGGGCCACAGGGGCUCCGAAGAACUCCCACAAUGUCACAGGAGGAGGCAGCAGCAUGUCCUCCUCACAUUCUUCCACCAGAGAAGAGGCCCCCUGAGCCCCCCGGACCUCCACCGCCGCCACCUCCACCCCCUCUGGUUGAAGGCGAUCUUUCCAGCGCCCCCCAGGAGUUGAACCCAGCCGUGACAGCCGCCUUGCUGCAACUCUUAUCCCAGCCUGAAGCAGAGCCUCCUGGCCACCUGCCACAUGAGCACCAGGCCUUGAGACCAAUGGAGUACUCCACCCGACCCCCUCCAAACAGGACUUACGGAAACACUGAUGGGCCUGAAACAGGGUUCAGUGCCACUGACACUGAUGAACGCAACUCGGGUCCAGCUUUGACAGAAUCCCUGGCCCAGACCCUGGUGAAGAACAGGACCUUCUCAGGCUCUGUGAGCCACCUUGGGGAGUCAAGCAGUUACCAGGGCACAGGGUGGCAGCACCAGCAGGAGGGAUAGCCCCUGAGGAAUGUUGUCAUGUCCAUCAGUAACCUGGCAUCCAGAGCCCUGAAAAAUUCAGUGUCCAUGUACUUUUCUAGAGUUUUCACCAAAUCUAAAGCCAGAUGUGGAAACAGAGAUCCAGAGAGGGGAAAUCAGUUGAAUCCUAUCUUUGAUUUGCUUUGAGUUUCUGGAUUUGGAGAACUCCUGGGAACACAGGGAAAGAAAAGGUAGCCAGGGCGAGGGACACUGCCAAGCUGUUCCUGGAAAUCCAGAGAGGGCUUUGGUCGGAGAAAGGGCAGACCGGCUAUUAUUAACAGAGGGAGUUGGGACCACUCUCCCUGGCAACAUCUGAAGCCCAGGGUCCUCUGCUGGAACCCCCAUAAUAAAGCUCAAUCCUGAAUCAACACAUCACCUGGUUCUGGGUAUAAAAGUGGUACUGUGAGGGGGAGCCUGGAUGCACCAGGUGAGGUGUGGGCAGGUGUGGGGAGUUCAACCUCAGGAGAGAUGUAAGAAUCACUCCUUGAUACCACAUGCUCCCUGAUCCUCCUCGUUCUCAAGCCCCUCCUCUGUCCCCCUUUUCUUUUACCUUCCUUUCAGCUAACCCAACCCCUGGCUGCCUCAUGCCCUACAGUCUUAGAGAACAUGGUAAGUAGUUAUCUGUUCUCUAUACUUUUCUUUCUCUUACUCUUCCUGUCUCCUCCUAACUCUCAGCUGAGAGUGACUUCAUUUGAACUCAUGCCACUAGUGAAUGCCACCAAGAUCGGAACCCAGAACCCCCAGCCUCUGCUACCCGUUGUCCCUGAGAAUACCACUAGGGUAGGAGGCCAUGUAAGUCUUCGUCCUCCCCACAAGAAUAUCCAGGCCAAGAAUGAUGUGUCCGCUGGCAUCAAGGGCCCUGCCCUGAAGCAUAGGGCAGCCUUAGGGCUGCAGUGGGGCCCAGCCCUGGGUGCGUGUGUGCCUAUGCAUUGGGCACACUGGUUUAUUAGUGUUAUUUCAGCAUUGUGAUGCAGAGAGAGUAAGUGUAACAGCUGCUCCUUGCUUGCAGUGUUUAUUGUUACCUAGAGACAACCUCCUGGCUUUUUCCCAGCUCCCCCUCCCCCCAAGCCCAACCCCCUCCUUGCCAACAGUCCUGCUCUCCCCACACUGAUGGGAAAUUUAUAGCUUGCCCAUACCAUGCUUUAACCCUCUCCUGUCCAUAGGGUUGGUGGGCCCAAGGAAGCCAAAGUGAGCAGUGGGCAUGCUUGGGCCCCAAUAGGGUAGAACAUUGUGUAGGGGAGAGAGGGAAGACACCCUGUUCCCCAUUCUGUGUGUUCAAUCUCAGGCUCCAAUUCUCUUCUGGGAUCUCAUAUUGAGAGAAAAGAGAGAAGAGCUUUGGACCUAGCCAUGGGAUCUUGGGAGAGCCCCUUUGGACCUAGUCUUGAGAUUCCGCCAUCCUUCCCACAAAAUUAUUCUCUUCCCUGGGCAUUUCUGUGCCCUCAAUUCAGCUGCCUGGUCCUGAGCAAAUACAGUGAGGUGGUAUUCAAACAGGAGAGGUAAAUACAGACUGGUGGAACCCUAGUCCCUCCUUUCUAUCUGAAAGAGAGGUGGCUAUAGAGAUGUCAUAGCGAGAGGCUCUGGCCCAAGAGAUGCUGGCCAGAGCUCCACAGCUGGAUAGAUGUCAGACAUAAAGCUGGCUGCUAAGCCUGGUGGGCAAAACUGUACACCUUAACUUCACCCAGAGCCCAGCACUAAGGUCCAAAGGCCAUUCUCUAAGCCAGUCUUCUUGGUCUGGUUAAUCUAUUCCCUUCUGCUUAUCCUUCCUGAUCCAUUUUCUCCUGCUCAUUUUUUGGUUUGAUGCCUUGGGGCAGAUCAAGAGAUCAAGGAGACUGAGUCAUUCUAGUCAUGGCCUCAACAAAGCUGGGGAGAGAAGCUCCCUCCAUUCUCUUCUGUCCUAGGAUCUUUCAUGGAGGGGCAACCUGUCAUCUAUUCACCUCCACUGGAAACAGAAGAAAGGAACAGGGAUCAGAUGUGAGCAGGAAGGAUGGAGGUUAGACUUAUGGAAAAACUUACUUAUGGGACUGUAUGACUUCAGAAUGGGUCUCCUGCUUCAGAGAUUUAUCUUCUGCCCAGGAUGGGUUUAAGUCUGUGCCUACCCAAGGGGCAGUGGAAGAACAGAAGUACUUCUCCUGGGCUCCUCCAGACAUGUGACUCAGCACAAUUACCACACAGUGCAACCCUCCUCAGUCCUUCUAAAUGCAGCAUGUGAGGUGGUUAAAAGCUCAAGUUUUGGAGGCAGACAGCCCUGGGUUCCAGUGCCAGCUCUGCUACUUGUCAGCUAUGCAACCUUGGGUAACCUGUUACUUAAUCUCUUUGAGCCCUAGUGUCCAUAUCUGUGAAAUGCAGAUAAACAACUACCUCUUAAGGUUGUUGUGAGAAUUUAGUGAAAUAAAGUGUGUAAAGCACCUAGAACAGUACCUAAUACUCAGUAGGUGCUCAGUCAACAGUGGUUGAUGCAGUAGAGUAGUAUUACUUUGAUGGAGUCAGCAGGGCUGACAUUACUUACUGAGAUUCAAAGACUCCAUGAUUCCCCUGAAAUUAGAGGUCAGAUGUGUGUACGUGCACAUGCUAGAAAGAAUAUCCGUAGCUUUCUUUAUGGUAUGGAGCAAAAAGAGAGCCCCAGGAGGAAGUGGCCUCAUUCGCUUGACUCAGACUCCCCAAAAAGUCAGUUCCCCCAUUCCCGUGCCUGUCAAGCCAGGAGCACCUUAAGUAGUGUUCAGACUGGAAGUACAGCUUCAUCUAGGAUGAAACUGGGAGAAACAGCCAUUAGAAAUAUAAUGAUGAAUUGGUGUAUAUUUUGCUGUGUAUAUUAUCAACAACAACAAAAUAAAUUUAAGAAAAAAGAUAACUACAACAAAACAAAUUAAAAAAAAAAGAAAAAAGAUAACUACAAUUACCAUUUGCCAGGCACUGUACAUUUUAUCAAGUACAUUUAACUUUUUUGACCCCCAGAACAACCCAGUAAUGAGAAGAUAACUACUGUUUAUUGAGUGCCUACUAUGCACCAGGCAUUGUUCUGGGUAUUUGUUUAUUGUUUAAGAAUGUUUAAAGUCUGUGGAGUAUUUCAUCACCUAGAUAUACAUAAUUUGUAAGGCCCCUUCCCUAUUUUUAAUCAUUAAGAUAUUUUUGCUGUAUAAAUAAUACCACAGUGAACAUCCUAACACAUAAAACUUAAUGCAUUUUUACAGUAAAUUCCAAGAAGUGGAAUUACUGGGUCAACAGGUACAAAUAUUUUCCUACAACGGUAAUCUUGUUUGUUGAUCUAACUUAAUGAAAAAAAUUAAUUUUUUAAUCUUCCUCUUUGGAAUUCUGCAAUGGAAACACAAGGGCAGCCCCUUUUCCCUGCUAUACACAGCAGAGACACCAAUAAUCUGUCAUAGCUUUUUUUUUUUUAAUUGGGAUAAUUACAGAUCCAUGUAAAGUUGUAAGAAAUAAUAGAGAGAGAGCCCCUUGUACAGUUUGCCCACUUUCCCCCAUAGUAACAUUUUACAAACUAUAGUAUAAUGUGAAAACCAGAAUAUUGACAUUGGUAAAAUCUACCAGUCUUAUUCAGAUUUCCCGUUUUACUUGUUCUCUUGAUGUGUGUGCACGUGCUAAACAGUUCCAACACCACAAGGAUCCCUUUUGUUGUACUUUUAUAAUCACACCCACCUCUCCUCCAUCCCAGUCCAUAAUUAGUGGCAACCACUAAUCUGUCCUCUGUUUCUCAAAUUUUGUCAUUUCAAAAAUGGAAUCACACAGCAUAUAACUUUUUAGAAUUGGCUUUUUUUUCUCUCAAUAUUAAUUCUCUGAAGAUCCAUUCAAGUGAUUGUGUCUAUCAAUAGCUUGUUCCUUUUUUUAUUUCAUGGUAUGAAUGUACCACGAGUCCCUGAGUGG